UUUUGUGUGACCUUAGAUACGCACGUGAUUGAAAAGCAAGGGUUUUUUAGAAACGGUUAGAUUUAACUUAAUGAUAAUGAUUAUGUAUUUCCUCAUGCUCAAUAAACGAUGGGUUCAAAUUUGAAUAUGAUAGAAUUAUCCCCUCAAACAUUGGAAAAAGCAUUUUUAGAAUUAAACGAACAACCGCAACAACGACAGAAUGCCAUUACUGAGUUAAGACAUCGUAUUCAGUUACAAAGUUUACAAGGAUGCCUGGCUGAUGAAUUUCUUCUACGUUUUCUACGUGCUAAAAAAUUUAAUCAGGAUAAUGCAUUCAGACUGUAUACAAAUUAUUACAUAUUAAGAUUACGCUAUCCAGAUAUAUUCAAUGAUUUAAGACCAUCAUUAGUGGAACACGUAUUUCAAAGUGGAGUUGUAUGUCGAUUGCCUCAACCAGAUUCAGAAGGUAGAGCACUUAUCUACUUUAGACCAGGUCUAUGGAAUCCUGCAGAAUGGUCAACAAACGAUAUAUUUCGUGCUAAUGUACUUGUCAUCGAAGAAUUAUUAUUGUCUUGGCCAGCUGUACAAGUGCAUGGAGUAAUAAUUCUAGUGGACCUAUCAGGCUUUUCCUGGAGACAUGCCAUUAAUUUAAUGUCUCCUUGGUUUCUACAUCGAGCAGUACAUUUUUUACAAGGUUCAAGUCCUGUACGAGUAAAAGCUGUCCAUAUUUUCAAUAGUCCUUAUAUGUUUUCUAAAAUAUAUUCAACACUAAUACCUUUGUUAAAACCGAAAAAUCAAGCACGUGUCGUUAUGCACAAUACAUCAUUAGAAAGUCUUCAUGCUGCAAUCCCUCCCCAUCUACUCCCAUGUAAUGGUGGUUUAAACGGAACUGGACCUCCAGUUCCAUCACCUGAAUAUAUCAAUGGUUUAUUAAACUUGGAAGAUUAUUUCAUUGAAAUGAAUAAAUAUCCAUAUCAUAUUAAUAGUAUAUCUGAAAUGUGA